AUGAAGACGGUAGCAGCGCGAGCAUUCCGGGGCGCGGUCAAUGGCUUUCAGAGCCGUGCCUACUCACAGGUCGCCAAGCCCAGGCAUCUCAUGUCCAUCAGUGACCUCACGCCCUCGGAAUUCUCUUCUCUGGUGCGCAAUGCCGCUGCUCGGAAACAGGACACAGUGGCCAUGAUGUUUAGCAAACGGAGCACGAGGACGCGAGUCUCAACCGAGGCGGCGGUGACUAUGCUUGGCGGUCAUCCCAUGUUUCUAGGUAAAGACGACAUUCAGCUUGGUGUCAAUGAGUCGUUGUAUGAUACCUCUGUUGUCAUUUCAUCAAUGACAUCCUGCAUGGUGGCCCGAGUUGGCCCCCAUUCAGAUGUUACCGGGUUGGCGGAGCACUCGGCUGUGCCUGUUAUCAAUGCGCUUUCAGACGAUUUCCACCCGCUGCAGACUAUUGCUGACUUUCUCACCAUCUACGAGGCCUUCCCAUCCUCUCUGUCAAGCAACAACACCCUCGACCUCAACGGCCUGAAAGUAGCUUGGGUUGGGGACUCCAACAACGUGCUCUUCGAUCUUGCCAUUGGCUGCGUCAAGACAGGAGUCGACAUCGCUGUCGCCUCGCCCCAAGGCUACGGUAUCCCCGAUCACAUGAGGCAGCUCAUCAACUCGGCCGCCCACGGCGUGCAAUCGCCUGGCAAGCUCUCAGAGACGACCGUUCCGGAAGAGGCCAUUAAGAAUGCCGACAUUCUGGUGACUGACACGUGGAUCUCCAUGGGACAGGAGGCUGAGAAGCAGAAGAGGCUGCAGGCUUUCGCUGGAUACCAGAUCACAAACGAAUUGGCGAAGCGAGGUGGCGCCAAGGAUAACUGGAAAUUUAUGCACUGCUUGCCCCGACACCCGGAGGAAGUUGCAGACGAAGUGUUUUACAGCCCCAGGUCUCUAGUCUUCCCUGAGGCAGAGAACCGGCUUUGGGCUGCCGUUGCGGCGUUGGAAGGAUUUGUUGUAAACAAGGGUGUUCUCGAGUAGCAAGUUCAACCUGUGUGAUUUACGAGGAGUUAUUAAAAUGGAGAAUUUGGAUGUAUGCGUGUAACACACAAGUAGUAAAAUUGAAUUCGUGAAAUUCCU